AUGAGAAUGAACCUCAAGAUAUUCCUAGCUUUGGCAUCAGCCACAAAAGCAGCCCAUUUACCAUCGAGUCACGACACUUACGAGUACAUUGUCGUGGGAUCAGGCCCUGGCGGUGGACCCUUGGCAGCGAACCUUGCGCGAGCUGGUCACUCGGUUCUUCUUGUCGAUGCUGGAGACGAUCAAUUCAACAAUACCAAUUCCGAGAUUGUUUACAACAACACGCUAGCCAUCAAUGAUCCUCUCACCAGAUGGGACUUCUUUGUCACUCGAGACACUCCAGAAUUUGAAAGUGAAUUCGAGUUCAUGACGUGGAGACAAGAAAACGGAGAGUUCUAUGUAGGCCGCGAUCCUCCAGAGGGUGCUGAACGACUAGGCAUAUACUACCCUCGUGCCGGUACCCUUGGGGGUUGUGCUAUGCAUAAUGCUGCAACACUCUCGUUACCGGCCGACGUUGACUGGAACGACGUGGCUGAGAUCACUGGCGAUAAUUCAUGGAUGUCAACGAAUAUGCGCCAGUACUUGGUUAAACUUGAACGAUGUAACUACCUGCAAAAUGGAAGCGACCCUUCUCACGGGUUUACGGGAUACAUCGACACUUCGCAGGCUGAUCCUUCAUGGGCGUUGAACAGCUCUGAUCAAACUUCUCUUGCUCAACUUACCUCUGAUCUACUGGGAGGAAACCAAACCAACUCGACGCUAUUCACGUUACUAAGCCGCGACAUCAACACAGAUGAUCCUAAUAGGGAUCAUAUUAACGGCGUCUUUACGCCGCAUACUCACUCCCGCCAUGGUGUCCGAUCCAGCCCGCUCAAUCUUAUCCGCGCCACCCUUGAUGAUCCUCAGAAUUUUCCCUUGACCGUUCAAGAGCAUACCCUUGUCACAAAGGUAAUCUUCUCCGAGUAUUCGGAUCCCAAAGGCCCCAAAGCCAUCGGCAUCGAAUACUUACAAGGCAAAAGUCUUUACGCAGCAGAUCCACGACACAAUACCAGUUUCAAGAGUACUGCUGGCAAGGCAUUCGCAACUAGAGAAGUUAUCCUUGCCGGUGGUGUCUUUAAUACGCCUCAGCUGCUCAAGCUUAGUGGAAUCGGACCAGCUUCGGAAUUGGAAGCAUUUAACAUCACGGUUAUCAAGGAUCUUCCCGGGGUGGGAACUAGAAUGCACGAUAAUUACGAGGCAGUUCUAUAUGGUACGUUCCAGAAGCCUGUUGUGGGUUUCUGGGACGUUGUCUAUACCACAGCAGCAGCCCUGCGAACGCGCGAUAUUCACUUCUACUGUGGUAGUAUGAAUUUCAUCGGCUUCUUCCCUGGCAUGCCGGGUUGGAACAGGAACGAGUUUGAAUGUGGUUUUAUGCAGUUGCAUCCCAGGAGCAUCAACGGCACUGUCAAGCUCAGAUCUGCAAACCCGCAAGACGUUCCAGACAUCGACCUGGGGUUUUUCCGUGGAGAUAGUAGUCAGGAUAUUGAGUCUAUGGUGGAUGCUAUCAAUUUCGUGAGGCCAAUUUUCAACAGUCUUGAGGAUAAUCCGUUUACCGAACACCGCCCAUGUGCCACAGGGGUGGAAUGCACAGACACUUGGCAGAAACACUACCUCCGGGCGCAGACUUACUCUCACCAUGUCUCAGGCACCUGUGCAAUUGGAUCCGAUCAAGAUCCAUUUGCUGUGUUGGAUUCCAAGUUUAGGGUAAGAGGGGUACAGAAUCUCAGAGUUGUAGAUGGAUCUGUCUUUCCAGUUCAACCAGGCGAAGUGCCCACCUUGGCAACGUUGAUGGUGAGCGAGAAAGCUUUGGUAGAUGUAUUAGCAGAUGUGUAG